AUGCGCGCGCUCGCAGAUACGGCCCUUACCUACCUCACACGCGAGCCGCAAGCACGAUCGCUCAGAAGUAGCUUCGGUCCGCUAGUACGAUGUCUAUCUGACGAAGCUGCGCCGGCGGCCACAGCUUCUUAUCGAGGUGACGGCGCAGCAGGAGCCAAUGUGCCACAAGCCAAAGCUGAGAUCGAGAAACCACCAACAACUCUGCCUUCUCUACUCCGAUACGUCGACCAUAUCCUUAUGCGCGACGAGAGCCUUCACAAUUAUCCACCUUAUCCUGCGCAGAAAUGCAUCAGCUGCAACACACAGUGGGAUCGAGUCGCCAUCCCUUCAACGUUCCUACCCUUGUCACCGUGUAGUCACUGGAUUCACUAUCGAUGUCUCAUCGAGCUUGCUAUCCGCGGUGGAGACUCACAAAAAGGCACAUGCCAUACGUGCAACACACCGCUCUAUGAAUGGGACGGCAUCAACGCGCUUACACUCGCAUGGCGCACCGAUCUACCGAUCGAAAAGGAUCAGACUAGCGCAGUUAGUCCAAAAACAUACACUCUGAUCGCUUCUAGCAAAGAUUGGUAUGAGGAAGAGUGCGAGUUCAUCGAGAAAUUGAUUGAAAGACGCUUUUUCAAUCAGUUGACGAAGCCCAGUGGCUUCUCCGACUACUCUCCAGAUCUUGUGCAGUGCUUCAACAAUACACUCAGUGAUCUCAGGCUAUUGGAGCGACCCACCUCAAAGUGGCUUAUGUGGAGUACACAAACCGGAUCGCUGCUGUUUGGCAUGCUGGUCGCAAUCAAGAUGCAGCGAUUUUUGACGGAGCGCCAUAAUAAGAUCAAGCAAACAGAAGCGUGGGUCGCUUGGGAGGAAGGAUGCCGGAAAAUUCAAGCUAAUAUACUGAAGGAGGUUCAUCGAGAGUGA